AACACCAGACCACUACUGUGUGCCCACAGUCAAUGCAUGACUUGGGAGAAGUUCAGAUUGCAAGGCCCAACGAUAACCUUGCAGUCCUUUUCCUUAGCAAGCCCCAGCUAUGUCACUGAGCUGACAAAAGCAAUCAGAGCAAAAUAUCCCUCUGGGGAUGGCCAAGAAGAGGAGAAUUUCACCAAAUUUGGCCGAUUCUUCCCAGACUUCAUCUGGGCCUUGCGGGAUUUCACACUGCAGCUGGAGCUAAACGGAUGCCCUAUCAGUGCAGACAAGUACCUGGAGAACGCCUUGAGAUUUCUGCAAGGUGAUGCUGAGCACAUCCAGAAGCACAACACGGCCAGAUCAUGCAUCCACAGUUUCUUUCCUUCACGGAAAUGUUUCGUAUUUGACCGUCCAACUACCAGGAAGAAGUUGCAUCUGCUGGAGGAACUGAAAGAAGAGGAUUUGGAGGAAGAUUUCUUGGUACCAGUGGCUCAUUUCUGCCAACACAUCUGGGAGACGUCACGACCCAAGAUGAUCCCAGGAGACCGAGUUGUGACUGGAACGAUGCUCGCAAGCCUGGCAAAGACCUAUGUCAAUGCCAUCAACAGUGGGGACGUGCCCUGCUUGCAAAACGCAGUGCUGGCCUUGUCCCAGAUCGAGAAUUCGGCUGCUGUGCAUGACGCCAUUUCCUGUUAUGAAGAACGGAUGCAGCAGCUGCUGCAGCUGCCGACCGACACUCUUGAAGAGCUGCUGAGGGCACAUGCCAAGUGUGAGAGGGAGGCCAUUGACGUCUUCAUAGCCCGUGCCUUUGGGGACAACAUUAAACAAUUUCAAGAGGAGCUUGAGAAUAAGCUGAAUCAGAAAAAGAAGGCAUUCUGCGAAAGAAAUGAGAAGGUGUCUUUGGACCGCUGCCGUGAUGUGCUGCGCUUUCUUUCCCGGGACCUGGUAUCUGAGAUCCAGGAGGGGAUUUACGCAGUGCCUGAAGGCUAUAAGCGCUACCUUGCCAAGAUGAACGAAAUAAAGGAGAAGUAUGAUGCAUUUGAUGGAAAGGGGAUUCAGGCAGACAGAGCUCUUGAAGAAUUCCUGAAAUCCAAGGAGACGGUGGCAAAAUCUAUCCUUCACAUGGAUGAUGCCUUGAGUGGCAAAGAGAAAGAAAUUGAAGUCCAGCGUGCUCAGGUUGAAGCAACCCAGCUGCAACAGAGGCUUUUGGAGCAGGAGCUGGCCAACCUGGAGCAAAUGAUGGAGGAUAAGAAGCGACAUAAUGAGGAAGGCAUCCAGCGGCUGAAGGAGGAGUGGGAGGAAGAGAUGAAGAAGAUGAAAGAGGAGGCUGAAAGGAGAAAGAGGGAUUUCCGCAAGGGGCUGCUAAGACAGAGGUUUUUGCUGAUGGCCAUGGAAACAGAAGUGGAGCUCCCUAAGUCUCAAGGCAUAAAGGAACAAUACCUCAGGGCUUACGCUUACUACAGAAGCUGUCCACAGUGGAGUUUUGAGGACCAAAUAAAGAGGCCUGGAAGUCAGGACAUAACCGUUUUGAACAGCAUUUGGACCUUUUUCCUGGGUGCCUUCUGCGACCGGGCUGACCAUUGCUCGUCUGCAAGAGAGAACCCGCAACAAUCGAGUCCGGUCAAGACCCAUCCUCCCGAGGCCCGUCCCUGCAAAAAGAAAACAACACCAAAAAGUAAGAAACGGCAACUUCGCGAUGUCGCUGUUGUUGUUAACCCCUAG